AUGGUACCCGCCGUUGUCAGCCUGCCCGUGUGCCUCCUGGCCGUCGGGUCCAUGGCCUCGGGCGCUCUGGCCGGAGAGGGUGCUGCCGGUGGAAGCCGCCGCUUCCUCGCGAGGGCCCAGGCCGAAGGCCAGGAGUGCGGCAGCAGCGGCUCGGAUGGCCACUUCUACGGUGACUGCUCCGUCGGGCUCGAGUGUGUACCCCCGGCGAAUGGCGCCGCGCCGGGCAGCCCCAGCGUCUGCCACAAGGUGUGCGGAAGCUUCGGCGCCGGCGGGGACCAUGUCAACGGCACCUGCAGCGCGGGCCAGACUUGCUUGGGCAAGGCCGCGACGCCGUGCAGGGAGGGGGCUGGCGGAUGCUACAUGUACUGCGACAGCGCCGGCGGCCGUCCUGCGCAGGGCGAAGGGCAGGAGUGUGGCAGCAGCUCCUCGGGGGACUUCUACGGCGGCUGCUCUUCCGGGCUCGCGUGCGUGGCUCCCGCUGCGGGGUCGUCGUCGGGCACGCCGAGCACCUGCCGGCGGGCGGGGCAGCAGGAGGAGCCUCUGCUGGCCAGCGCCGCGCAGCCGACCGCCUGGUUCGUGACGCGUCAGCAGUGCGGGGGCGGCGGCCCCCAGAGGACGCUCUGGGCGGGACAGUGCCAGCCGGCGAAGUGGGGCAGUGGCCUCUCGGUGAUCUACACGUGCGGCGGCGACGUGCGCAACUCGGACGCCAACCUCACCCAGGUGGUGUACGGCAACGCUGUCUGCGGGGGCGAUCCCCUGCGGACCAAGACAGUGAGGCCGGGCGAGUGCACGGGCUUCCCGGACAUGGACGGGGAGGCCAGCUGGUUCUGCAAGUGCGGGUUCCAGCCGAGCGGCGGCCGGCCCCUGAACAACUACCAGUCGUGCUGA